CAGCUUCGGCCUUGGCGCAGAACGCGUCUUGCUUCUCCUUGACGAGACGGGCGGUGUUGUAAGCCUGGCGAAAGGCCCAUUGGGUAUCCAUCCGAGUGCCAGAGUAGACGCGGCUGGGGUUUUCCCCGCAAGCGUGUCUGUGGAUUGAAACGUCAGUGACAACAUCCCCAAGUCUACCCGUUUCUCACUUCAUCUGACGCCACCUCGGACGCUGGCUCGGAUCCACGUACGAGCCGUUCAGAGUGAACGGCGGCUCGAGCAGCAUCGCAGACGACGAGCGCUCCGCGGUUGGCCGGAGCUUGAUGGUGAAUGCCUGGCCGCCGAUCGCGUUGGCGCUGCCGGGGAGCACAUUCGCGGUGGUGACGCCGCCGGACAUGGAGAGCAGAUACGCGUCGUCGUGCGUGUUUAGGCCGUCCAGUGAGCGCAGCCAGGGCAUGGCCAGGCCCUUGUGGGAGUUUGUGUCCGACGCGCCGCUCAGCGCCGGUGCGCUGUCGACGCCGAGAUGCGAGUGCAAAUCGACAAUGCUGGAGCAGUUGAUCGUCACGUUCAAAGAGGUAUUGAGAACGCCGGACACUCACCCCGGGGUGACCCAGGCGCCCUGAGCAUCGACGACGUCCAAGUCCGAUCCAUACGCCUUGGCAUCCACUUUGCCGAUCUUUUUGAUGAUGCCUUUGUCCAGCAGGAUGUCGCCAUGCACGACCUUCGUCCCGUCAUCCUCCCCGGUCCAGAUCUUCGCGUUCUUGAUAAGGGUCGGCUUCGUCCCCGCCUCGUAUCGGUCCGACUGCGUGCGCUCGUGGAAGUCGUCGGGAGGGCCUGGCGCGAGGGUGAGAGAGCUGCACCGGCCGAGGAUCGUCGCAGCGUUGGCUGGAAUUGUGUGCACCGUGGCAGAGGAUGAGACGGACGUCGUCAGGGCAUGGUAAGUGAAGGUCGAGACGGCGGCGAACACCAAAAGAGUGAGGUGCGCCAUUUUGAAGCGCCUGUUUGCGCAAAUUCUGUUGUUUCCAGACGAACUGGACGCGAGUUUCUCCAUGGCGCGAGAGGGAAAGGCAGAGAGGUUCACUCACGCCUGCAACGGAGAUAGCCGGCUCUGCUAAGCCGCGGCGUGCAAGUCAAAUUCAGGUGAUCGCGAUUCGCAUGAUGAUGAUGGUUGCAUGAUGUCAGGCUGAUCGCACCCAUUCGCGCAGACUCCAGAGUUCUCGCCAAUAUCGCACUCAGCUCUACUCUUCCAACAUGGGAGACAAACUCACUGUCAUACGAGAGGCUAGUAUAUUCCUGCACAACUUGGCGAGCUCGCUAAAUCUCCCUUAGGUGACCAAUAACGUGUGGACGUUCUCUCGGUGACUGAAAUGAAUUCACUCUCUCCGUCUCGCUCUAUUCCUGACCGUCUCUCAGUCCUUUUGCUCGUUUUGGGAUCAUGCCAAUCGGUGGAAGGUCAACCGCUAUCAAACUCAGCGAUGGUGGCGUCUGGGUGCUUGCCUCCACGCCUUUAAACCCUGAGACCAAGGCGAAGAUAGACGAGUUGGGUCCUGUACAGUGCGUCUGUUCAGUUUCCCCCGCAAUCGCAGCCAAACGCUUCCAGGUAUAUCAUCAGCGCUAAUUCUGUUCACCAUCUGUAUCUCGGUGAAUUCAAGAAGGCUUACCCCUCCGCUAAGGUGCUCGGGCCUGCGGCAGCAGUUGAACGAGCGGACAAGUCGCUUCAUUUCGACGGAGUCUGGGGCCGCGAUGCAUCUGACACCAAGUACGGUUUCGAGCACGACGUGAGUGGUGCCUCCCCGCCUUCAGAGUAUCCUUCCUCACGCGACGCAGAUCCAGGCCUGGUGGGCCACCUAUGCGUGAAAUAUCGCCGGUUGCUGACCGCUUCGUCAGCUACUUCUCCGGGAUGGUAAACAAGGAUGUCGCAUUCUUCCAUUCGGCUUCGAAGACUUUGUUGGAGGCGGACCUGCUGUUCAAUCUGCCGUGCACAGAACAGUAUUCCAAAACCAAGUCGUCUGGUGCUGUUCCUGUGAUCGGCGCUUUGAACCCUGCGUCUUGGCUGCACGGCAAGAUUUCGGCGGCGCUGGGUAAAGACAAAGCAGUAAUGACCCGCGAUGUCAAGACAGUUGCCGCCUGGGACUUUACACGCAUCAUCCCCUGUCACGGUGAUGUUAUCGAGACUGGUGGAAAGGAGGCUUGGCUGGCCGCGUACAAGUCCUACCUAGACCCCGUCGCGUGAGGGUGGAAGGGAAGGAAGUCAUUAUAAUACAACGACCAAUAUGUAAAUUAGCAGCAAAUUGAGUUAUCCAUCCAUCAUCCUCUGUUCUGAUCCCGGUCCGGUGCUGAUCCCUUGCAUGUUGCUGCAGACUGGGAAGCAGUUCUUUUAUCGUUCAGGCGCCCUCCCACCGCUUCCUCCGACGGUGUUUCCGACUGUACGCGGUCAGAUGUUUCGCGAGCGCUCCGGCUAUUUUGGCGGAGCUCCGUCACGGGAUCGGAUAUAAGGAUGGCCAAAUAAUUGAUGGCUCGAUUUUCUCCAAAAAUGCUCCGCGUUCUGACUCGACCGCUUUCUUGUGCAUUUUCCUCUUCCUCUUCCCAUCUACGUCUCCGUCUUAGGACAAUGGCCACCGCAAACACACCUGCUUUCAACAAGCCCCUCUACGCGCCGUUGGCUGAGAUUGACCCUGAGGUCAAGAACAUCAUCGAUAAGGAGGCAUGGCGGCAGUUCACUGGUUUGGAGCUCAUCGCGUCCGAGAACUUGACCAGCUUGGCCGCGAUGGAGGCAAACGGAUCCAUCCUCACGAACAAGUACUCAGAGGGUCUUCCGCACGCCCGCUACUACGGCGGGAACGAGUACAUUGAUGAGCUCGAGAUUCUUUGCCGCAAACGUGCGCUCGCUGCCUUCAAUUUGGACCCUGCAAAAUGGGGUGUUAACGUGCAGCCCUACUCUGGAAGCACUGCCAAUUUUGCUGCCUUGACUGCGUUGAUCCAGCCCCAGGAUCGUCUCAUGGGUCUCGGGCUCCCCGACGGCGGUCAUCUCACGCAUGGUUAUUACACGGCGAAGAAGAAGAUGACCGCGUCGUCCAUCUACUUCCAAUCUCUUCCAUACAGCAUCACCAAGGACAGCAACCUUAUUGACUACGAGAACCUCGCGAACCAGGCAAAGACCUUCCGUCCCAAGCUCAUCAUCUGCGGUGCUUCUGCCUACCCUCGUGACUGGGAUUAUGCUACCUUGAAGAAGAUCGCGGAGAAAGAGGGCGCAUACCUGAUGGCGGACAUUGCGCACACCAGCGGACUCAUCGCUGCCCAAACCCUCCGUAGCCCCUUUGAAUACUGCGACGUUGUCACGACCACGACACACAAGACGCUCCGCGGACCUCGCGCCGGUCUGAUCUUUUUCCGCAAGGACUUGGAGUCCAGCCCCGAUCUCGAGAAGCGCGUCAACGAUGCCGUCUUCCCGGCUUGCCAGGGUGGCCCGCACAACAACACCAUCGCCGCGAUUGCCACCGCCCUGCUGCAAGUUGCCCAGCCAUCCUUCCGUGAAUACGCGAAACAGGUCAUCUCGAACGCGCAGACUCUUGGCGAGGAGCUGGUGAAGCACGGAUACAAGCUCCAGACCGGAGGCACCGACAACCACCUUGUUCUCUGGGAUCUGCGACCCCUUGGUCUCACAGGCAGCAAGGUCGAGAAGGUCUGCGACCUCAUGGGCAUCACGAUCAACAAAAACGCCGUGUCUGGUGACGCCUCUGCGCAAGUCCCUGGUGGAAUCCGUCUUGGAACGUCCGCCAUCACGUCCCGCAACAUGCUCGAAUCCGACGUCAAGGUCGUUGCCGACUUCUUGCACCGUGCCGUUCAGCUGUCUCUCCUUCUGCAGAAGGAGGCCGGCACCAAGAUGCUGAAGGACUUCGUCCGCGUCGCGACGGUGCAGGAGGACGGCAAGGUUGGGUACACGAAGGUCCGCGAGCUCCGUGACGAGGUCCGCACUUUCGCUACGCAGUGGCCUCUGCCUGGUGUCGAUGUUUCUGGGCUGUCCAAGCCCGCUGGCUUCGAGGAUCUCUGAUCCUGAGCGUGACUUGUGGCCCCGGCGAAUGGGCGCACCAAAAUGAGAAGAUUCAACAUCCUUGGUUGGAAUGCAUCGGACAUUCAACAUAGUCUGUACCAUGAUGUACCUGUAUCACUAUCACUGGCCGAGAAUUGGCUGUUAGGAAGAAUUCUGAACCCGAGAAGUCCAGCACGGCACUGAAUCCUAUUAACCCAAUGAUGAUGAUGUCAGCUCGGCUCGAUCUCUACUUGCGGUCAUGCCACUGACUCGCGCUCUCCGAUUGCAUCACUUCGCCCGCUGAUUCCUCUACCCAUCCACGGACCCGGCCGAUAUUCGUUGGGUUGAGGUGCUGUCCCGUUACAGCAGGAGUGUUCCAGGUCAACCGGCUUCUUUCAGGAGCCUUACAAAUGCUUUCACUGGGUCGAACCUAUCAACUUGAAUCCCGACUCGGAAAUCUACCUGCUAUGAGUCGUGAGCUACUCUCAAAAUGAUAUCACACCGUCAGAAAUCUUGCCAAAACGCCCAACGUACUCGUUUUCCUUGGCUCGCGCAACCUGUCCAAGGCUGAGGAAGCACUCGCCAAGUUCGCAUCCGACGUGCAUCCCUCCUCUACUGUCGUCCCAACCCUCAUCGACUUGACGGACGAGAAGACGAUCAAAGCCGCCGCAGAGUCCACGGCGAAGAUCUUGAAGGAGAAGGGCGCUGCUGGACUGGAUGCGCUUGUGAACAAUGCCGCCAUACUAGGACAAGGGUCCGAUGCGCUCAUCUAUGCUACGAACGUGGCAGGUACAGUUGCCGUCAAGGAUGCGUUGCACCCUCUUAUGACCACGACCGGCGGUGCGGUCAUCGUCAACAUCUCAUCGGAGCUGGGAUCCCUCACACUGCACACCAAACGCCCUCCACUGCCCAUCUAUGGCGCGUACAGCGCCAGCAAGUCUGCACUUAACAGUUUCACGCUCCAGUGGACCAUCGAAGAAGAGCAGCGAAAGUCCGGGAUCAGAGUCGUUUCGAUCUGCCCAGGCUACAACGCAACCAAUAUCAACGGAUAUGGGGGGACCAAAGAUCCCGCGGAUGGCUCGAUGAUCAUCGUCAAAGAGGCUCUGGCAACGGAGGGAGAAAGUGGUCGUUUCUACAACGAGGAGGGGCCGAUCGGCUGGUGACCCAGGGUGAAAGGCCAUAGUUUUUUUAGUCAUUCAGCCACUUCGUAAUCACUUGCUCGUCCUUUCGCCAGCUGAAAAUAUAAACCCUUCCCCUUUA